CUGAAGCUGUCAUCCACUCCUUCGUCCAGACACGGCUCAAUCCCCGGGCGCCCGGAUGAGCGCAGCGGCAGCAGGCGGCGACAUUCACGACAUUAUGGUCGCGUAAACCGAGCGAGUCGAGCACAAACCAUCCCACGGUGCGAAGGACGCGGUGAGACACUGCUGGAAUCUGAGACAUUUUCGACGCAGCCCACAGAGCGGUUCUGGGAAAAUCCAGACAGGAGAUAAAGGCGUGGAGACGGCACGACGCGACGCUCCGCGGUGUCCUAUUUCGUAGGUGAAGGAUCGUACAGGCCCGCUGUCUCACUCUGAAAUAUGGAAUGCUCUCUGCACCAACCAUCACUAAUCUGCCAUCUUUGGACUGACCUCCAAUUGUUUAGUUAGCAGCUGUGCUUCUCCCCUCGAACUCUUGACAACUAGGGGACGAAGAAAAGGAGCCGGCUUUCCAAGUCCUCCUCAAAACGUACAGAGCACUUCUUUUUGUUUUACACUAUUAUUUUUGGAGCGGUUGUUUUCUUGAUUCUUUUGUGUCUGGAUAAAUCAUCAAAAUGGAUUUGGAGUCAUAUCUGUGGAUGGUCAUUAUUGGCUUCAUCAUUGCCUUCGUCCUGGCCUUCUCGGUCGGUGCCAAUGAUGUGGCCAACUCUUUUGGUACAGCCGUGGGGUCAGGAGUGGUCACCCUGAAGCAGGCCUGUAUCCUGGCCUCCAUCUUUGAGACCUUGGGCUCCAUGCUUCUAGGGGCCAAAGUGGGGGAGACCAUACGGAAAGGCAUCAUCGAUGUGAGUCUGUACAACGACACUGUGCCUGUGCUCAUGGCAGGGGAGGUCAGUGCCAUGGUCGGCUCAGCCGUGUGGCAGCUCAUUGCAUCAUUUCUCAAACUACCCAUCUCUGGAACUCACUGCAUUGUUGGGGCCACAAUCGGCUUCUCCAUGGUGGCCAUUGGCACUAAGGGUGUUCAGUGGAUGCAGCUGGUUAAAAUUGUUGCAUCCUGGUUCAUCUCCCCUUUACUUUCUGGACUCAUGUCUGGACUCUUGUUCCUGCUGAUCAGACAUUUUAUCCUCAGCAAGGAUGAUCCUACUCCCAAUGGUCUACGAGCACUGCCCCUCUUUUAUGCCUCCACUAUUGGCAUAAACACCUUUUCCAUCCUCUACACUGGUGCCCCUUUGCUUGGAUUAGAGAGCCUUCCGGUUUGGGCAAUCUUUCUCAUAACGUUAGCUGGGUCGCUGGUGUGUGCGUUGUUGGUCUGGAAAUGUGUUUGUCCCUGGAUGAGAAGGAAAAUAGCAAGUCGAUUAAAGAAAGAACAGGCUCUGUCCAGGAUUUCCUCUGAAAGUCUGGACAAGAUCCCGGAGGAGGAAGAGGAGAGCCCCGUGUUCAAAGAGCUGCCGGGGCCCAAAGGGACAGACGAGGCUGUGCUGCCUUUGACUGGCAGCACUGAGCGGAGCACGCGGGAGUCGACUGGAGAGCUCAGUAACCAGGCCAAUGGAAGCAGUGUGCUGCCAAAUGGCAGAGUCUAUGGACGGACCCAUUCCAUGACAAACGGGUGCCUGAAGUCGCCCAUCUCUAACGGGAGCUUCAGCUUUGACGGCCACAUGCCGCUGACGGGCCAGGUGUACCACACCGUGCACAAGGACUCUGGUCUGUAUAAAGAUCUGCUUCACAAGAUCCACCUGGGCCGCAUGGACGACAACGAGCGCACCUCCUCCAACGCCGGCCAGCCUGAGAACAACUACCGCAUGCUGCGCCGUAAUAACAGCUACACCUGCUACACUGCAGCCAUAUGUGGCAUGCCCGUCCAGCCGCUCAAACGCACAGAGUCACGUGACGACAGCGAAAAGCUCGUAGGAGAAGGAGGAGGCAGGAGUAAUAGUGUGUCUUAUUCAAAGAAGCGUAUCCGUUAUGACAGUUACUCGUCAUACUGUAAUGCUGUAGCAGAGGCGGAGAUUGAGGCCGAUGAGGGAGGAGUGGAGAUGAAACUGGCCACAGAGCUGGAGGGGCUGCCAGAGGAAGGGGGCCCCGCGCCCGAGCCUCUGGAUGACAUGACUGAUGAGGAUAAUGAAGAAAAAGAAAAAUCUGAGGUGUUCCAACUGUUCCACUUCCUGCAAAUUCUCACUGCUUGUUUUGGCUCGUUUGCCCAUGGAGGCAAUGAUGUCAGUAAUGCCAUCGGGCCACUGGUGGCGCUGUGGAUGAUCUAUGAACAGGGGGGUGUGAUGCAGGAUGCAGCCACUCCUGUCUGGCUGCUGUUAUAUGGAGGUAUAGGCAUCUGUGCUGGUCUGUGGGUCUGGGGCCGUCGUGUGAUCCAGACGAUGGGGAAGGACCUGACCCCUAUCACUCCCUCAAGUGGAUUCACUAUUGAACUGGCCUCUGCCCUCACUGUCGUGUUCGCUUCCAAUAUCGGAAUUCCUGUCAGUACCACGCACUGCAAGGUGGGCUCCGUGGUGGCAGUGGGUUGGAUCCGCUCCAAAAAGGCGGUGGACUGGCGACUCUUCCGAAACAUCUUCCUGGCCUGGUUCGUCACGGUGCCCGUCGCCGGCCUGUUCAGCGCUGCCAUCAUGGCCUUGUUCGUGUAUGGCAUCCUGCCCUUCGUCUGAGAGGUGCCAGGAAGGGCCAACAGUCGAGGGGGCGCAAGAAGAGAAAGAAGAUAAAAAUCACAGCAAAGGCAAAGAUGAACGGAAACGAGAGAACGAGGUGACUGCGCAUACAACACAAGAGCAGACAGGAGAGGCUCGUUUGUACUGUGGAUUUGACAAGGGUUGGUCACAUGUGUUUUUGUGUUGUUGAGUUUCUGAUCAAUUUUACUCUUCUCUUUGAACAUGCCAACAUGUAUUACUUUAUCUGCUGUAUAUAAACAUUUGGAGAAAAAAAUGAAUAAUUGGGGCUUUGUACACAGCGACAACUGCAGUGUCUUUAUUUAUGAAAAAAAUCAGAUAGCACACAAAGGCAAAGCCUGUAGUAAAACUACUUUCAGAGUAGUAUUCCAACAUGCCAGAUGAAAAACAAAAUGUACAUAUUGUUGAGUUUUGAAAAUUGCUGCUUGCUUUAAAGUUAAUUGCUUUAAAACAAAUCGCUGUGCAUGUGGCAAACCAACCCAUCUGUCAACUUCCGUAACAUCCAGUACUGGUAGAACGGGACGAGAGCAAUCUGAGAGUAGGGUGGUGGGGUUGUCACUCUGCUUUUUAUUUACCAUACGUUACCAUAGAAACCUGAUUGCUUAAACGAGUUGAUUUUUGUUAUCAAGAGCUCCUGUAUGUUUUUGGAGAUGGGUCUCAUUUUUUAAUGAUGUAUUAUACUGUAAUUUGUAUAUAAAUAAUGUCCGUGAAGAGUUUUUGGGUAUGUGGGGAUCAUAAUUUGUUUUAAAUGUAAAUUGGAGGCCUCUUGUGUUUUUUGUUUUUUUUUUCCCCUUUACUGGAUGCCUAAUUUCAUCAACAUUUGUACUCAUUCAAUAUAUAAUAUGUACAUAGACUUGGGUCCUACAUUAAUACUUUCUCCAAAUAGAAAUGAUUUUUUUAAAUACCAGUAUUUGAAAAUGGAUAAUCAAAUUGAAUUUAUUUUUUAAGCACCAGGCCAAAGUAGUUGGUUUUGCCAUAUCAAGAUGGCCAAACGCUAGAGCCAUUGUCAUAUCGGUGUUUUGUACGUUGCCUUUUAUACAUCUGUCCCUGGGUCAGUUGCUAUCGGACUCGUUUUUGCCUGUCUAAUAUCUGGGCUUCAGCUCGAUCAUGUGUUUGAGGCCUCCAGAUCUUGAAAAAGCCUUGUUCUCUCACACAUGGGGUUGUGUCAUUCAUAUCGAACACUAAAACCAAGAACAAACUGUGCUUUAUCUUAGGCGGUUAUGCAGACAUGUAAAAACAGGGGAAUUGACCUCCCCAGCCACAUGUGUAGCUUGUGUCAAGGUGCAGAGUUCAAUACGAUAGUCAAGUCUGCGGAGAACUAAAAAAAAAAAAAAAAACUUUCGGGGGGAUAGUAAGGAUCAUCACCAGCUUUUUAACAAGGUCACCUGACCUGUAGAUGAACAAAGUCUAAACCUUUUUUUUAUUUGAACAAACUUGAUGCCAUGUGUUGCAACGUUUUGUUCUUGUGGUAUAAUUUUCUUUCUCCUUUAUUUGAAAUUCUGCUUACGUAGCCUCUUGCCUUGUAACCUCGUGUUUUACUUUAAAGACAGUAAAUGAGUACUGUGGUGUUUACAUUGUAACAUUAUUAUUGUAGAGUAUAUGAUAAAAAAAAGAUGCCUAAUGAUGCCAAUGAAAGACGAAACUAUUAAACAUAAAUUUUAAGUGCAAGAAAAAUAGCCAGAAGUGUCUAGAGUGAGAGAGAAGGCGGAUGUUGUGUGCACGCGUGGUGAUCUCAUGCUUAUUGCUGUGGUGGUAGUAGUGCUAAUCAUGAUCUGGGUCUCUUUACACUGCUACGAUAAUGUUUAAACACUACAUGGAUGGGUGCAAUUCACUAAUGAAGAAACUAACUAGAGAAAUGUCAUCAAAAGUAUAUUUUUCUACCAUAUCUUGCGUUUUAACCCAGGUGGGCUUCCAAACACUUCAGAGAACACACUGCAGUCAGCUGAUUGUAAAUUGGAAGUGGAGUAUAUCUCACCAGAGAGGGCGCAAAUAAACACUGCGUCACCUUUUCUGUGGUGCCAUUGCGACGUGCAGUGUGUCCUCCAACGUGUAGAAUGGUGUGCAGGUUGCCAAUAGAUCAGAUUUCUAAAUGAUCAUUUUUAUUUUUGAACUUUAGAUGAAAACACUUUGUAAUUUUGUUUCCCUGUUGCUUCUUUCAUGAGUGCUUAGAUUAGGGCACUGUUGAGCUCAAUUGGGAACUGACAACUGGACAAUGAAAACAUUUUUCAUUUGAAUGUGAUUUACAAAGGCUUAAAGUCCAGACACUGCCCACUGCAAAAUCACUGACUCACUGGAAUCCACAAGGAAGGUGAUUGUCAUUAUUAAUCUAAUAUGUCUAGCUUCUACAUUAAGUGCCCAAGUAGCAAAAAAUGAGACACUGUGUCAACUAUUUAUCAUCUGAAUCAGGAUUAAAAUAAUUAUCAGUCCAUAUCAUCUGUAGCAGCCCAGCUCUGCUCUGCUGUCAGUUACAUUAGUCAAACACUGUACAGGAUUAAAUGUGUGGGUAGAUUUGGAUCUUAAGCCCUUGUAACUUUCACUGUCAUUGAUGUUCUCAUGCAUUCAGUCCUGAUGGGCCAAAAGGGAGGCACUGCUCCAAUGAAGGGGAAUGCAAAUAUCACCCUCUGGUGGCUGAAACUAGAAGUUGGCAGUUAUGUUUUUGACAUGAUGCAUACAAAAAAAUGUCAAAAAAAAAAUUGGACAAAUGUUGUUUUCUGCAGCCACUGGGAGGGGCACUUCCCCUGCUGAAAGGGACAUUCACAUCAGCCUUGUAACUGCCCAGUAGUUCUGUGAUUGCCAUUGAGGGAGCCCAGUUCUUGGAUUUCUUUUAAUACUUCUUUUGAUGUAAUAAUGGGAAAACUUGUGCUAUUUCCUCCUCCCUGAAUGUGCAAUACACAGUGUAGUUAUGAAAGGUCCCUGGGUGUCCCGUUGAAGCAGACUCCGGAUAUGGCGUGCUGCUGUCUUAUUUGUUUUGUAGUCCGUUUUUCAGAAUGUGCUCCUUGGCUGGCCUGCAGGCUUAACAGCUGUGUUGUCUUUUACCGUUUACUGCUAUUUGACUGUCUAGUUCUACAAAGUACAGUAAUAAAUGAAUUUUAAAAAAUGUAGCCUGUUUCUACAAAUCUUUAAGGUAUUUUGAUUUGCAUAUAAUGUACUGUAAUGUUUUAUUUAAAAUUUUAGUGGUAAGAUGUCUGCAUUCAAGUAAAUUAUGGGAAUUAAAAUUACAAAGAUGAAA